UCCAAGUGUAAUUGUCAUUAAAUUAAAUUGUGGAAAAAAAAUGGAGGAAUGCCGCACACCGACGCACAAAACCAAAUUCAACUUUAAUCUCACUCCCACGAUGAGGUGGAACCACCUGAAUGUGAACACAUCGAAUGUGCGUUGUUCCACUCCGAUCUCUGGCGCUUUCCGAUCGCCCAACAUGUCGCCCAUCCAGAGUAUGAAUACCAUGCAGCUUUCCACAAAGACCAUGCUGGGGAAGCCCUUCAACAAGCCUCCGAUCAAGAAACAUUUGCAUCAUAUGCACCGAACGGAGGUCCCAGCUCCAGUCAUCCUUCUAUCCAAGAAGCAGGAAGAUGGCGCCGAGCGGGAGCGUAAGAGCAACAGCAGUUCGGAUACCCUCUCCGACGACUCGAAUAUUGAGACCUCAUUGUGCCGCGAAUCGCGUCGUCGCUCCAUGAUAGCCUCCAAUCACUCGUACGUGUUCAAUCAUGGGGCCAAUGUGAAACAAGUUCUCGUGCAUGUUGGUCUAGAGAAAUAUGUGGAUAACUUCGAGAGGGCUCACAUUGAUCUGGUCGAUUUUGCCUCCAUGGAGAGGGACGAUUUAAAAAACAUUGGCCUGUCCGCCGAUGAGGAUUGCACUCGCAUUCUAGACGUUAUAAAAGCCCUCUAAGGGAUCGCUGGCGGAUCUCAAAUUUUAGCUUAAGAUUUUUAAAUGUGUUUUAUGUACUCCCAAAAGAAAUAAAAAAAUGUAUCUGUAUUUAAACAAUAAGA